GUGUUGGCGUCCAGCCGCCUGAUGGCCGGGCAGGAUUAAGUUUCAUGGUAGCCUGCGUGUGUGUUUAUCCCGCAGCUCUUCUCCGAGGGCCGCUACUUCGUAGAAAGGGAGGAGAGGAAAAAGGCAAAAGGGCGGGGAGGCGGGGGGGGGGGAGGCCUGCCAAGACAGCUGAGACAGGCGCUCAUCUUCUUCACCUCCCCAGGAAAAAAAAUCUGAACUUGGGAGGCGGGGAGGGGGGAAAUCAUCCUUGGAGAAGCGACCCAACCUGAAAGACCUUUUUAUUGACAGCCAUUUGGUGAAGUGGAAAUUGGCAGACAUGUUGGAAACAAUAGAUACUCACCGAGCUCUCCAGGCAGUGGAGCGUCUACAAGCGAAAUUGCGAGAACGGGGUGAUACAGCAAAUGAGGAAAAACUGAGUUUACUGAAAUCAGUGCUGCAAAGUCCUUUGUUCAAUCAGAUUCUGAACCUUCAGGCUUCACUUCCACAGCCAAGAGAUCAGGUAAACAUUGCAUCUCCAGUACCCUCGUCUGGUGAACUGCAGCUUUCCCAUCGUAGUACUGUUGUGGGUGCUUCACUCCAUAAUGAAUCCCAUUUGUUGGCUCAGCAGAACGGCAACCUUUCUAGUGGGCCAGGAGUUGCUGCACGGUCUACCACCCCUCAGAUUAAUGGGAAGUCCUCUAGUGACGAAUUUGAAUUAUUGAUCAGAAAUAUGGCACAGGGGCGCCUUAUUGAAACUAUAGAGCUUGUGAAACCUCCAAGUGGUGGCCUAGGCUUUAGUGUCGUGGGCCUGAAGAGUGAAUACAGAGGUGAACUGGGCAUAUUUGUGCAGGAGAUUCAAGAGGGGAGUGUGGCACACAGAGAUGGAAGGCUGCAGGAAGCAGAUCAAAUUCUUGCUAUAAACAGACAAGCCCUCGAUCAAACAAUUACACAUCAACAGGCUAUCAGCAUCCUACAGAAAGCAAAAGAUAGUGUCCAGCUGGUGGUGGCCAGAGGCUCUUUGCCUCAGCUCAUCAGUCCUGUUGUCUCUCGGUCUCCGUCAGCUGCUAGCACCAUCUCAGCCCACUCCAAUCCGGUUCACUGGCAGCAUGUAGAGACCAUUGAGUUGGUGAAUGAUGGAUCAGGUCUGGGAUUUGGGAUAGUUGGUGGAAAAUCAACUGGAGUGAUAGUUAAAACUAUCCUCCCAGGAGGAAUAGCUGAUCAGCAUGGUAGGCUAUGCAGUGGAGACCACAUCUUGAAAAUUGGUGAUACCGAACUGGCUGGAAUGAGCAGUGAGCAGGUGGCCCAAGUCUUGAGACAGUGUGGGAACAGAGUGAAGUUGGUUAUAGCCAGAGGUCCAAUAGAGGAGCCGGCACCACCAGCAGUCCCUCCAGGCACCCCAGUACAAACUUGCAUGCCAGAUAACCAGAGAGAAGAGACAACAGUUGCAAAUGGUACAGAUGGAACCACAUUUGAUGUGGAGCUUACAAAAAACAUCCAAGGAUUAGGAAUAACUAUUGCUGGCUACAUUGGAGAAAAAAUCUCAGAACCUUCUGGCAUUUUUGUUAAGAGUAUUACAAAAGGCAGCGCAGUUGAACAUGAUGGUAGAAUCCAUGUUGGAGAUCAAAUUAUAGCGGUGGAUGGAACAAAUCUUCAGGGUUUUACUAACCAGCAAGCUGUGGAAGUUCUGCGGCACACUGGCCAAACAGUCCGGCUCAUGUUGAUUAGAAGAGGCCUUAAGCAGGAAAAUCACAUUCGGCCCCAUGAGGACUUCAGUGCUGCUGCUGAAAAGGAUUUAAUUUUCCAAACUAUGGAUAUUGGCACUGGGAAAGAAAGCUAUGAAAGAGAGCAAGAAGCUCCAUUAUUGGCAUGCAGUAUCAGUGUGGCUCACACUGGAGAAGAUGUUAGUCCACAGCAAUCAGGUUUUCAACUAUCUUCCACAGAAGAAGAGGCAUUGCAGAACAAGUGGCAGAGGAUUGUGGGGACAAAUUACGAGGUUGUGGUAGCUCAUGUGAACAAGUUUAGUGAAAACAGCGGACUAGGGAUAAGCUUAGAAGCAACAGUGGGACAUCAUUUUAUCCGAUCUGUUUUGCCAGAAGGACCAGUUGGACGAUGUGGCAAGCUGUUUAGCGGAGAUGAAUUACUGGAAGUAAAUGGAAUAUCUUUGCUUGGAGAAAAUCACAAGGAUGUUGUAAAUAUUUUAAAAGAACUUCCCAUCAAAGUAACAAUGGUGUGUUGCCGUGCAGCUGCUCCACCUAUUAGUCAGUCCAUAUUGGAUGAAUCUCAGAUGACAGAACAGUCUCAUAUAGAUCUUGGUGGACUACUUGGUUCAUCAGAGACAGAUGAUGCUGAUUUAGAAAUGGCUAAUAUAGGCCAGAACACUGAUGAUGCUCAGGGAUCUUCUUUGGCAAUGUGGGAAACUGAAAUACAGCAAAUUGAACUAGAGAAAGGGAGCAUGGGACUUGGCUUUAGCAUAUUGGAUUAUCAGGACCCAGUGGACCCUGCCAACACAGUGAUUGUGAUCCGCUCCCUUGUUCCUGGGGGGGUUGCUGAGGAGGAUGGCCGGCUCCUUCCAGGAGACAGGCUCAUGUUUGUUAAUGACAUCAAUUUGGAAAAUGGCAGCCUGGAGGAAGCUGUGCAAGCAUUGAAAGGAGCACCUGCAGGAACAGUUAGAAUAGGAGUCGCUAAGCCAUUGCCUCUUUCACCAGAAGAGGGCUAUAUUUCUGCUAAGGAAGAUUCCUUUUUCUACACUGCCCAGUCCUUUGAGGAGGAAGGGCAAGCUGAUUCAGCCCUCUUCCAUGCUGAGCUGGCUCUGGUGGAUUCAAGCGAAGCAGAUCUAGCAGAGGAAUCCACCUUUGAAUCACAGUAUUCCCCAGACAAUGAUGGUACCUUCCACUCUUCAGUUUCAACUGUGCAUGGCUGCAACCGUGCUGAUGAUCUGAACUAUAACCUCUCACUACCCUCUUCAACUUCCAAGAGUAUUGGCAUAGACUCUUCAGAUGUUUCAAUCGCUUACCAAUUAUCUGAUCCAAAUCUGUACAACAUGGAUGUAAUGCGGAGAGGGAGAGAGAGCAAAUCCUCCACAGAAGUGUGUGUGGAACAGCCUGAUGGGUUCACAAGAAAAGAUUCAACAGUACAUUCAUCUACAAAACUAGUUGAACAUGAAAAUUCAAGCACUUGGGGAGAGCCUCUUCUGACAGCUGAAGUUACACGAAAUGCAAACUUGACAUCCAGGUUGCCUUGUGAUUAUACUGGAAAAGACCAAGUAUUUUUGAUGGAAAAUAGAAGCCUAGCACCUGGUGGAAGGUGUUCCACAACCCUAAGUAAAAACAAGUUUGAAAAGACCAUUACUAUUGCAAAAGGCAAUUCAAGUCUAGGAAUGACUGUAAGUUCCAAUAAAGAUGGUUCUGGAAUGAUAGUCCGCAGCAUUAUCCAUGGCGGUUCUAUAAGUCGUGAUGGACGGAUUGGUGUUGGAGACUGUAUACUGUCUAUUAAUGAAGAACCUACUACUAAUUUAACUAAUGCACAGGCACGGGCCAUGCUGAGAAGACAUUCUCUAAUUGGACCAGAUAUAAAAUCUUCAACACCUGCUGAUGAUCAGGCCCCCUUUUAUGUCAUUACGUAUGUUCCGGCAGAGCAAUUAGAGGAGUACCAGGCUAGCUUAGGUCAGCCGCCAGAAAAGACAUUGCCGCAGGAUAUUUUUCCUUCUCAUGCUGUCAGCAGAGAAAUACCAGAACUACCAGAGCGUGAAGAAGGAGAAGGAGAAGAAAGUGAACUUCAGAAUGCUGGCUACAGUAACUGGAGCCAGCCAAGGCGGGUUGAACUCUGGAGAGAACCCAGUAAGUCCCUGGGCAUCAGCAUUGUUGGUGGACGGGGAAUGGGAAGCCGUUUGAGCAGUGGUGAAGUUAUGAGAGGAAUCUUUAUCAAACACAUUCUGGAAGAUAGCCCUGCUGGUAAAAAUGGAACCUUGAAAACAGGAGAUAGAAUAGUUGAGGUGGACGGGAUUAACCUCAGAGAUGCAAGCCAUGAACAAGCUGUGGAAGCCAUUCGGAGAGCAGGCAACCCAGUAAUAUUUCUGGUGCAAAGCAUUAUAAACAGACCAAGGCCAGAAUCUCUCUAUAGCUCUUUACCGUCCUCUGCUCCCAGUGGGCAGAAACCUAACAAUCCAUUUUACCAUCAGUCAUCACAGAACAUCCCUAUGCCUUACCUGCAGUAUAAUCCUUUCAGUAAGCUUCCUGCCUACAGCAGCACUAACCCUUUUGUUGAUCCUCUACAGUUCAGCACUAACAAGGCAUCCAGUCAGUCGGAUUCGGAGCCAGAAAAGAAUUCAUCUUGUACCUUGCCUCCUCCUUCAAUAUCUCCAGGAAUGAGUGUUGAAGAUGCUCAGCAAUUCUGCAGCAAAAACCUGGAAGAUUUGGAAGAUGAGUUUGGAUACAGCUGGAAAAAGAUCACUGAGCGUUAUGGUAACCUGCCAGGAGAUCUGCACGUGAUAGAAUUGGAAAAGGGGAAGACUGGCUUAGGACUCAGCCUGGCUGGGAACAAAGACCGAUCCAAGAUGAGUGUUUUUGUAGUGGGAAUUGAUCCAAAUGGAGCAGCUGGAAAAGAUGGCAGGCUGCAGAUUGCAGAUGAGUUACUGGAAAUAAAUGGACAAGUUCUCUAUGGAAAGACUCACCAGAAUGCAUCUUCAAUAAUUAAAUGUGCUCCUUCUAAAGUAAAAAUCAUAUUUGUCAGAAACAAAGAUGCUGUCAAUCAGAUGGCAGUUUGCCCUGGGAAAUCAGUAGAGACUUCUUGUGGAACACCUCAACAUGAGCAGGAUGAAGUGAAUAUUUUGUGUUCUAGUUUACCAAUAGAUUUGAAUUUAUAUACAAAUAUUCAGGAUAUAGAAUUACCUAAGGAUCAAGGCAUAGGUAUUGCCAUCAGUGAAGAAGACACUGUAAAUGGUGUGGUUGUCAAAAGUUUAACAGAAUAUGGUGCAGCAGGAAAGGAUGGCCGAAUUAAGAUUGGAGAUCAGAUCCUGGCAGUGGAUGAUGAAGUUGUUGUGGGAUAUCCUAUAGAAAAGUUUAUCAGUUUAUUGAAGACACCAAAGGCUUCUGUUAAACUUACAAUCAAUUCAGUAGAACAGGAGAUUCAGCCAUCAGUACAGCCUCAAACAUCGAUUUACCACACUGAUUUGGGUGACAGACUUUUCCAACAACCAGCAAGCAUUCCAAAUUCUGAGUCACCAGAACCAGAAUCAGUUAAAAAUACAAGCAGGUCCUCAACUCCAGCCACACUGGCCUCUGACCCAGCUACUUGCCCAAUUAUACCAGGAUGCGAAACUACAAUUGAUAUCUCUAAGGGACGAACAGGUCUUGGCUUGAGCAUUGUGGGAGGAGCUGACACUUUACUGGGAGCUAUUAUUAUUCAUGAAGUAUAUGAAGAAGGUGCAGCAUCAAAAGAUGGAAGACUCUGGGCUGGUGAUCAGAUCUUGGAGGUGAAUGGAAUUGACCUAAGGAAUGCAACACAUGAUGAAGCCAUAAAUGUUCUCAGACAGACACCUCAAAAAGUUCGGCUAAAGGUUUAUAGGGACGAAGCGCAGUAUAAAGAAGAAGACAUGUAUGAUGUGCUUAGCAUAGAGCUACAAAAGAAGCCAGGCAAAGGUCUUGGUUUAAGUAUUGUUGGGAAAAGAAAUGACACUGGGGUGUUUGUGUCGGACAUUGUGAAGGGAGGAAUAGCAGACUCGGAUGGGAGAUUGAUGCAAGGAGAUCAGAUAUUAAUGGUGAAUGGAGAAGAUGUUCGAAAUGCCAAUCAGGAAGCAGUUGCUUCUUUAUUAAAGUGCUCAUUAGGUACAGUCAGACUAGAAGUUGGAAGAAUAAAGGCAGGCCCGUUCCAUUCGGAGAGAAGAACGUCUCAGAGCAGCCAGGUCAGUGAGGGAAGCGGCAGCCUGUCCUCAUUCAGUUUUCCAGGUUCUGGAUCCAAUCCGUGUGAGAGUUAUGAAAGCACUCUGAAGAAGAAUUCAUUGGCAUCUGAAAUACAAGGACUUAGAACAGUUGAAAUAAAAAAGGGCCCUUCAGAUUCCUUGGGAAUUAGCAUUGCUGGAGGUGUAGGAAGCCCUCUUGGUGAUGUUCCCAUCUUCAUAGCAAUGAUGCAUCCAAAUGGAGUUGCAGCUCAGACUCAGAAACUGAGGGUUGGGGAUAGGAUUGUUAGCAUUUCUGGAACAUCCACCGAAGGCAUGACUCAUUCCCAGGCUGUCAGCUUGUUAAAAAAUACUUUGGGCACUAUUGAAAUACAGGUGGUAGCUGGAGGAGAUGUUAGCGUCAUAACUGGCCAGCAGCAAGAUCCACCUUCUAGUCUUUCAUUUGCUGGAUUAUCAUCAAGCAACAUCUUCCAGGAUGAUUUGGGACCUCCACAGUAUAAAACCAUCACUCUGGAUCGAGGUCCUGAUGGGUUGGGCUUCAGUAUUGUGGGAGGUUAUGGAAGUCCUCACGGAGAUCUGCCUAUUUAUGUUAAGACGGUAUUUGCAAAGGGUGCAGCAGCAGAAGAUGGACGUCUGAAGAGGGGGGAUCAGAUCAUUGCUGUCAAUGGCCAGAGUUUGGAAGGAGUCACUCAUGAAGAAGCUGUGGCUAUUUUAAAAAGGACAAAAGGAACUGUCACACUCACUGUUCUUUCCUGAACUCUCUAUCCAAAGAUUUAGGGUCAGCACAAUUAUUCUAUCCACAUUCCUUGUAGCAAAGAGAAUGGAAACGUUUUAUGUAGUGUCUCUUGCUAUUUGCAGCUGUUGGGAUGUUUAACAUCAUGAAUGAAGAAUAACAAGUGAUCUUAUUUUUAUGCACAGUAGAAAUAUUGUCUUACCAUCAAACUAUACCGGCUAGCUUCUCUAGUAUAGGACAAUGACAGGGGAAUUUGAGAAGCAAUAAUACAAUCACUGUAGGAAAAUAACUGAACCAAAGCAGGAAAAAUGUUCAAAGGAAUUUUUGGUAAUGUGGAAGCAUAUGAAGCAAUUUGUUCUUAAAUUCUGCAUUUCAAAUAAUUGGCAUUUUCAGUUUUUGGAUCUGGCCAAUUUUAAGCACCAGUUAGCCACAACAACUGAAAAAAUAUCUGGAAAACUUUUUUAAAAAAUUCUGAUUAAAAAGUUAUUAAGAGUCAUGCGCCAGUCACUGAAACUGAAGGAACAAGCUAUAUACUGUGGCUAUUAUUGUUUGAUGAAAAAGGUUUAACAUGCUAAAGAGCAACUUAAAUUGGAGGAGAAUUUCAAAUGUGGCUCACUGGUGUCAGAAGAUAACAGUAAGUUCCACCUCCCCUCCCCAGUAUUGUUUGUCCUUACUUAACCAGAGAGUUGCUAAGGAAAAUAUUGGGCUGGAUCCAACAACCCUUGUAGAGUUCCACUUGUGAAAUUCAAUUCUAUCCAAAGUCUCCCCUGUCCCUUGAAAUACUGCCCUUGGCCUCAGGGAACUGUCUGGAACCACAAGCGGAACAAUGUCAAGAUCUACAGAAAGGAUAUCAACAAGAAUUGCCCUCCCCCUCUCACUGAUUUAUGGGCUGGUAGAAAUAGCUGUAGGAUCCAAUAGUGAGUUUAAUGUUUGAAAAUUCACCUGUUCACAUUAUUAUUUGGCAAUUCUGAGGCCCCUUCCAUACAUGCAGAAAAGCCUAUAUCAUCACUUCUUCUAAUAGAGAACUUGAAAGGUCUUUCCUAAAUCUCAAUCCUGUUUUCUAAGAUAAUUCAACUGGAAAUAGGAAGUAUUGGAACUGGGGCACUCUUUAGGUAACAUGUAUAUGUGCAAAAUUCUGCCAUAGUUACAACAUGCCUACAGAAAACUGUGUUUUUCAAGGCAAAUGUCAAAUUGCCACCACCAACUGGGGGAGCAGAAAAACCACUAGGGCACUGCUGACUGAAGUUUCAGAAAUUCAGGUGGCUGGCUGUCUGUCUGUCUGUGCCUGCUGCUUUUUUUAAAAAAAUUGUGGUGUGCCUGAAUAUACUGUAAUUAGCCAGGGAGGCAGUACCUCAGCCUAAGUUCUGUUCCCAAUCACUGCUGCACAUGGAAAUAUACUUUAAAGCUUCCUUGCAAUUGGUCGGGCCAAAUACCAGAAAGCCUCUUGUUGCCCUAGCUGAGGAGGAGAUUGUUUUUCAUUUUGUAUGUUAUCAUGUAGCUCCAGUUCCAAGUAAACAAACCCACUGGGUAAGACAUGUCUAUCUGGGAGCAACACCCAGUUGGCAGAACUAGAAUGUUGAAGGCAAAGAAGGAACAAAAUAAAAGUUACAGAAUACAAGUGAGGUCUAAUGCAGAUAUCUCCUAAGGAGGACCGAGAAGCUGCUGCCUUAUAUGUGGUAGCUGCAUGAAUGUUAACAUACAAAGCUGUCUUAUACCUGGUUAGUCCAUCUGUCCAUCCAGCAUAGUGUUGUCUGCUCUCUCUGUUAGUGGCUGCCUCCUCCAUAUGUAUCAUUCAGACAGUUGCAUCAUCAUCCCAUUGCAAUCCUUACUGAAGGAAGAUGAAGCUGCUCCAAAGGAAGGAUAGUGCCAGGUCAGGACAUACUGCUCUCACUUAGAACUAGCUUUGUUUACCCUCUCCAACACAGAAACUUGAGUGGUUUGUGGUGCCAUCACUGUAACUAGGAAGCAUGGGUUCAAAACAUGGAUCCAAAACUGAACUAUGAAAGGCAGUGAACCAGACAACAAAAGGAAAGGUUUGGGAAUCUUGCAGAACCCAUCUCCUAGUCUCUUUUUGAUGGUAAAAAAAUGUUGGUAACAAAAUUUGUUUAAAAAUUAGUCCCUGAGCAAAUGCGACUUUUCCAAUAAGACUUAUGUUUGAUUUUGUUUGAUUUUGCAAAUUCAGUUUUGCUGCUGAAAUUUUGGACUUUAUGCCUGAAGCAAAGUGGUUUGUUUUUAAUUUGUUGAAUGAAGUUGAAAUCUUUUUGAAGUUAAAAAAAUUGGAUAGAAGGAUGGCUUUAUAGAUCUUGAGAGCAUAUGUGUUCCCUCUACUGAUGCUCUGCUAUUUUCAUUAUUUCCUAUUUAAAUGCAUUCUAAAAUGUUCAGGGUAGAUAUUUAAUGGGUGCUGCUCAAUCCCCCACCCCCCAAAUUAGAAUAAUGUGAAACACAGCUUUCCUUCAGAUUGAGACACAAGUAGAGUAGGAAUUAUCUUGAGGUAUUCUAGAAAGGUAUUUCAGUGCUGUAGGUUAAUUAGAAAAAAGUUCUUGAUAUGAAUUACUUUCAUAUGCUACUUGGGUAAAGUACCUUAAAGUACAAUAACUGGAAGCAGUCAGGGUUGAAUUAUUGCCUUGUCGGGACUAAGAGCUUAAAGUGUGAUAUAUUCUCCUUAGUGUAUUUGCAGACACUUGAAAUACUGUUUAUAUUUGUUUACAGAUGUAGUAUACAGAUAUUGUAGUAUACAGAUAAUACUUUCAUGUCUCAUGCAAAUUUAAUUCAAUAAAUGUGAAGCUAUUGGUGGUGACAAAAA